AUGUCUGGCAACGGCUUAGCCCCGUCCCUCUCCCUCAGCCUAACGGCAGCCACCUCAACUUCACUUGGAGAAAGUGUCCUGUCCUCCCUCUCAAGCGCGACACCCGCUCUCCCCCGUCUUCCACCCCCGCCUUUCCCUCCGCCAGCUCCCUCAACCAUGGCGGGGUGGUUCGGUUGGGCCUUCACCUUUGUUUUCCAGGUUAUUCCCAGUGCGCUAUACUGGCUCAUCACUUUUUCCACCAUUACUCUGCCCACAUGGAUCUUCACACUCUUUUCCAUGAGCUUGACGUUCACCAUGAACUUCACCACCCUUAUGUUGAUUGUCCUCGCCCUGGUAUCGACCGUCAGCUGGUUUAUCCGCUACCGCUUCUUGAACAUGUAUAGCCGUCUGCCGCCAGAGCCCCAACGCAAAGAAGCCCAAAUCGACCUUUUCCCCGAUAUCCAGGAAGGCGAUUCCAAACCAGGACUGGCCAACUAUCUUGAUGAGUUCCUAAGUGCCAUCAAGGUCUUCGGCUAUCUCGAGCGGCCUGUUUUCCAUGAAUUGACGCGAACGAUGCAAACCCGCAAGCUGAUCGCCGGAGAGACGCUCAUGCUGGAGGAAGAAAAAGGCUUUUGCUUGGUUGUGGACGGCCUGGUUCAAAUCUUCGUCAAGUCACUGCGCGAAGGAAAGACUGGCUCGGAGGAAAACCUCCAUAUGGGCGAUGCAUCGUCGGACGAUGACGGAGACGGCAUCAAUGGCCGACAGGGCUACCAGCUUUUGACCGAGGUCAAGAAUGGCGCCUCAAUGUCGUCUUUGUUUUCCAUCCUAUCGCUAUUCACCGAGGACAUUCAAUUGCGCAACUCGCGAAGUACCAGCUCAAGCACGUCCAGCACAGCCCCCGCUCCCACCCCAGUCCCUGAUUCUUUCCCGGCGAGCCCAGGCGAGGGAAUUGUCAACAGUCCGCAAUCCACUGCAAGGGAUCAGGACGAUUCAGCUGGCAAUGCUCACGGGGACAACUUACUGCCAGUUCCUCCCCUGACACUAGGAGAGAGCCGUACUAUGCCCAGCCAGGUACCGCAGCCCGAUAUUCACCAGACUCACAAAAAACGUCGAAAGUCGGUGCAUCCGGAUAUUGUAGCUCGAGCUACCGUCGAUACGACCAUUGCCAUCAUCCCGGCAAGUGCAUUUCGACGCCUCACUCGAGUCUAUCCUCGGGCCACUGCCCAUAUUGUCCAGGUUAUCUUGACGCGUCUGCAGCGAGUGACUUUUGCAACCGCGUACACCUACCUGGGCUUGAGGACGGAUGUCUUGGGUAUUGAACGCCAAAUGUCCAAAUUUACUACAUGGGAUCUGCCCAACGAGCUGCGCGGGGGCGCAUUGGACCGCCUCAAAGAUAAAUUCAUGAGGGAACGAGACCGCCUCAGACCCGAGGAGGUCCGAAAGGGCAUCGCGCUUCACAACCCAUCAGUCGGGCGUAGGCGCCGCUCGAGUAGCUCACUCAGGAAAGAUGCUGUCUUGCAAGCCAGGAUGGCCAGUGAGAGCCGUCCCGCCCCUCUCACGCUGGCUAGACAGCCAACCGCGUUCGGCGACCGAGACUCAGCAGGGGUCAGCCCCGGCGACUUGUUGUCAACAAUUCAGUUAUCUCGAUUUGGACCUCGAUACGACCACCUAGCGCCUCGAAUCCUAUCCCCCUUGGCCGAAGGGGAACGACUCCCAUUCCGACCAGCUGCAGCCAUGCAACGUCAACCUUCACACUUCCCUCGGAAGCAGUCACUGGACGAGGACUCGCUCUUCCGUGAAUCUAUUUUAGAUUGCAUGAUGAAAGGGAUCGGUCUGACCGAGAGCACAAGCGAUGCCCUGCGCAAAGGUAGCCACAACUCCGGUGAUGCUUCACCAAAACUUCUCUCCUACGAUUCUCGGCGGCAAAAGGCAGUCUUCUCUAAUGCGUUCGGGUUCAUUGACCCCUAUGAGGGAUCUGGGGAUGGCGAGACGGACUCCAUGAUGUCCAUGUCAGUGACAAGUGCCGGCGGUACUUCUCCGGUUAUCAAUCUCCGUGAGGAGCUACGACAUGAUAUCGAGGUGGUUUACUUUCCACAGGGUUCUGUUCUCGUCGAGCAGGGAGAGCGUCAUCCAGGUCUCUACUAUGUUAUCGAUGGGUUUUUGGACGUGGGCAUUCCGGUGAAUGAGCGUGGUGAUGACCUGGUUGGGACCUCGCGCCCAGCUGCGUCGCAGGCCCAAGAAGAACUUUUCCCAAAGCUCAGGCCUAAUACGACCGGGUCCUCGAGGACUUCCGGCACCACGAGCGCUGGUGACUCACGGCGGAAGGGCCAGUCCCGCAAGUCGCUCUACCUAAUCAAACCCGGCGGUAUGCAAGGAUAUGUGGGCGCUCUCGCGUCCUACCGCUCGUACACCGAUGUCGUUGCCAAGACGGACGUCUAUGUGGGAUUUCUCCCUCGCACUUCGCUUGAGAGGAUCGCGGAUCGGUAUCCCAUUGCCUUAUUGACCUUGGCAAAGCGGCUUACCGGGCUCCUUCCGCGGCUGUUGCUCCACAUCGAUUUCGCUCUCGAGUGGGUGCAAGUGGGUGCAGGGCAAGUGAUUUAUCACCAAGGGAACGAGAGCGACGCGAUUUAUUUGGUCCUCAACGGCCGGCUGAGAUCCGUUCUCGAGGCUGCAAACGGCAAGUUGACGGUCAUCGGCGAAUACGGCCAGGGCGAGAGUGUCGGCGAACUCGAAGUCAUGACCGAGUCCACACGCCCAGCAACUCUGCAUGCUAUCCGGGACACCGAACUCGCCAAGUUCCCACGGUCCUUGUUUAAUAGUCUAGCGCAAGAGCACCCGGGUAUCACCAUCCAGGUCUCCAAACUCAUCGCCCAACGCAUGCGCGACUUGGUUGAGCAUCCAUUGGCAGAAAAGGGCAUCGAACAAGGACAUGUCGGCGGUGUCCAGACGGCUACGUCGACUGUCAAUCUUCGUACGGUAGCGAUUCUUCCCGUCACGGCGGGUGUCCCUGUGGUCGAAUUUGGUCAGCGACUUUUGCAUGCGCUGCAUCAAAUUGGUGUGACCAGAGGGGUGACAUCUCUCAACCAAGCUGCGAUUCUGAAUCAUCUGGGCCGGCAUGCUUUCAGCAAGAUGGGUAAGCUCAAGCUAUCGCAAUACUUGGCCGAUCUCGAGGAAAAAUAUGGGAUGGUUCUUUAUAUCGCAGACACCAAUGUGAACGCGCCGUGGACCCAAACCUGCAUCACGCAAGCGGAUUCUAUCUUGCUGGUGGGCCUUGCAGAGUCUUCCCCUAACAUUGGCGAGUACGAACGGUUUUUGCUUGGGAUGAAGACAACUGCCCGCAAAGAACUGGUCCUUCUACACGCGGAACGCUACUGCUCACCUGGACUGACCCGCCGAUGGCUCAAGAAUCGCGUUUGGAUCAAUGGCGGACACCACCACAUUCAAAUGGCGUUCCGCCUGACCACUGAACCUUCGCACCCCCAGACCAAGAAAUUCGGCAAGAUGCUGAAACAACGCGUCCAGGUCCUACAGGCAGAGAUACAGAAGUAUACUUCGCGCCGGAUCCAGCAAACCCCGCUCUAUUCGCCUCAGACUCCAUUCAAGGGCGAUUUCCAUCGGCUUGCUCGGCGGCUGUGCGGCAAGUCUGUGGGCCUGGUGCUUGGUGGCGGAGGAGCCCGAGGCAUUGCCCAGGUUGGCGUAAUCAAAGCCCUCGAAGAAGCCGGGAUUCCUAUUGAUAUCAUCGGCGGCACAUCCAUUGGGUCUUUCAUCGGAGCUUUGUAUGCACGCGACGCGGAUGUCGUUCCCAUGUACGGGCGAGCCAAGAAGUUUUCGGGUCGGAUGGGGAGUAUGUGGCGGUUUGCACUCGAUCUCACAUACCCGACCGUCUCAUACACGACAGGCCACGAGUUCAACCGAGGCAUCUUCAAGACGUUCGGGGAUAGCCAGAUCGAAGAUUUCUGGCUGGAGUUUUACUGCAACACGACCAAUAUCAGCCGAUCCCGGGCUGAGUACCACUCCUCGGGGUAUGUCUGGCGGUAUGUGCGGGCGUCGAUGUCGCUGGCUGGACUCAUUCCGCCGAUCUGCGACGAAGGCAGUAUGCUCUUGGAUGGAGGAUACAUCGACAACUUGACAGUGACGCACAUGAAGGGCUUGGGUGCAGAUGUGAUUUUCGCUGUGGAUGUUGGGUCUAUCGACGACACAACGCCACAGGGCUACGGCGAUUCCCUGUCCGGGUUUUGGUCCGUGAUCAACCGGUGGAACCCUUUUUCAUCGCUGGCAAAUCCGCCAACGCUGUCCGAAAUCCAGGCACGACUGGCGUACGUCUCAUCGAUCGAGAACCUCGAGCGUGCCAAAAACACCUCGGGGUGUCUGUAUAUGCGCCCGCCAAUCGACCCUUAUGGCACCCUGGAUUUCGGCAAGUUUGACGAGAUCUACCAGGUGGGCUAUGCGUUUGGCAAAUCGUACCUCGACCGGCUGCGGAACGAGGGCUCCCUGCCCAUCCCCGAAGAGACCGAGGAAAAGCGCAAGCUGCGGCGAACGAUGGCACCGCGUCGUGCCAGUAUUUAA